AUGAGCGAAAAACUUUUUACACAUACCGAGUCAAAUGAAAAUAAUAUAAAUAAUAGUAAUACAAAUACAAAUAACAAUAAUAAUAAUAAUAAUAAUAAUAAUAAUAAAAGUAAUAUAAAUAAUUUAAAUAGUAGUAAUAUUAAAUCAAAUGUAAAUAAUCAAAAUAGUAAUAAUAAUAAUAUAACAUCAACCACACAUAGUGGUGGUAGUAAUAACAAUAAUAGUAAUAAUAAUACUACUACAAAUAAACAACACAAUAAUAAUAAUAAUUAUAAUUUAAAUAAAAGAUUACCAAUUGAUAUUUCAAGGGAUACUUUAAUGGAUCCAGUAAAUAUACCAUCAAAAUUUAAAUUAUUUCAAGCAUCAACAAAUAAUAUAGGUAGCAUAUUCGGAUGUUUACAAUAUACAUUAUUUGAUGGAUUAAGAGUUUCAGCUAGAUCAUUAGAUAGUAGAUUAAAAGUAACAUAUGAAAAACAAGUUAAUGGGUUUUACGGUGGCGUUGGUAAUAGCAACAAUAUUAGUAGAUCAUCAUUACAUUCACCACCACCUAUUAAAACCUCAAUAUCAUGGUAUGAAACACCACGUGGAUCAAGGGAGGGUGAUAUUGGUAUUGUUAUACCAAACAUAUAUAGUAUCUAUAAACGUAAUUUUGCAAGUGUUUUCCAAGUUGGCGGUGCAGUUGGUGUUAGAGUUCAUUCAUUUAGUCGUAUGAUAGUAUCACCAUUUAUAAAUCCAAAAUUCACUUAUUUCGGUAGAUAUGGUUGGUUAAAAUUUGAUAUCCCAAUCAACAAGAAAUCAAAUCGUAUAGUUUUAAAACACCAUAUGUUCUUUCAAUUCGGUAAGAAUACAUUCUUAUCAUCAUUAGAAAUCACUUCACGUUUAGGUGAUAUGUCACGUUAUUUCUCUGAUCAUUAUUUUAGUAAUAAAGUUUUAAAUAGUGAUAAUGAAUCAAAUUCAUUUAGUAGAAGUAUGAGUGUAAAUAAUAAUUUAAAUGAAUCAUUAUCAUCAUCGUCAUCACCAUCAGCUAUUAGUAAUAAUAGUAAUAAUAGUAAUAAUAAUGAUGAUAAUAGACCACCAAUAUUAGGAUUACCAUUUUUAUUUGAUUAUAAAAAUAGAAUUACCAGAGGAUCAAGAUUCUUUGAAACUAUUCAUUAUAAGAUCGUUCAUGUAACUUCUGCAACUGAAUUUGGUAUUAGAAGAAUUAGUAAAUUGUAUGGUACAAAAUGGCAAUUAGAAAUUGGUUUAAAACAUCAAAUAACUCAAAGUGGUGCACUUCAAUGUUUAUUCACUCAUACAAUUGGCCAAACUACAAUUUUUGGUUUAAGCUUUGGUUUUGAUAUGUAA